AAAUCAGUCAAUAUUUAGUAGGCUAACGUUAAACCUUUGGGUUUUGCUUUGUGUACCAGUGAAUUUUUUCUUUUGAGUGUGUAGAAUAAAGCUAUAACAGACUUAAGACUUAACACUUUCUCUAGAUAUCGAUUUUGUGCAAUAGGUCAACAAUCAGAACGUCUAUGUGAUGUUUAGCAGUAAAGAGAAAGCAUCUAUAGAUCAGGUGAUGUGUUUUCUUCAUGAAUGGGAUCAUGGCAGUAAAGCAGUGCGCAGCCGGAUGCUAAGUGACUUUAUAGCCAAAAACACUGGAAAAACUUUUCCUGAACUUGAGCUUGAGUUUGCUCAGGUUGCCAGCUUAUUCCUCGCUCGGCUCACUGCCUGGAUGAGACUAACAUAUAUGUUUGGAACAUGUCUGAAUCUUCAGCUCAAAGCACUGGGGGUUUUCCUCUCCGCCAGCAGCAAUCAUCAGUACCUGAUGGAAUUUCUGGAAAUGGGUGCAGUUUUGACUCUUCUUGAGAUUUUAGGCCAAGAGAACCUCAAAGACGAGGAUAAGAUUGAGGCUCUUCGCUUGCUCCAGAUCAUCGCCAACGAGGGUCAAAAAUAUAAAGAACUUAUCUGUGAAAGCUACGGUGUGAAGGCCGUAGCUGAAUGUUUUGCCAAGUCUAAGGCAGAGGGAACUCAAGAGACAGCCGCCACCCUGCUCAAGUCCUUGGCCCAUGGAAACACCAAAUACCAGAACCAGGUGUACAAGGGCCUGAUAGCCCUCAUGGCCUGCACCUCACCAAGAGCACAGCAGCUUGUCCUGCAGACCCUGUGCAUAGUACAGCCUAUUGUAAAAACAGCUCAUCAUAGCAUAGUGGAGCCCUUACUGAGUUUGUUAAGAUCCAUACAUUUAGAAGUGCAAUAUGAAGCCACAGAACUGAUAACAGUGCUUAUGCGAUCAGAAGCAAAACCUGCACUUCUCAGGGGUCUGGUGGCUCUUCUCAAACCCAGCAAAGAGGAACUCUCCAAACACAAGAUUCUGCAGGAUCCAGCUAAGGCGAAAAUGACGGAGUCACUCCCUGUUUUUCUCCAGCAAGCAGCUGCUGCCCGAACAAUAAGGAUUCUGACACAGAGCAGUGAGGAGAUAUCUAAAGAUCUGCUGUCUCUCAAUGUAAUCAAUCACUUACUGUAUGCAGUGGGUAAUCAGGAACAUGCAGAUACACAGAAACAAGCAAGUCUGGCUCUGGAGCGUUUUGUGCGCAUGUACCCUGUUGUGGAAGAGCAUGUACGCAGAGCAAUGGGCACCACAUUGUUUGAGACUUUCAUGCACAAUGCAGAGUGUCUGCAUUUAAACAUGAACAAGAUUCAGGCGGAUAUUUUGCGGUCAAAUAACACAACAUCUGUUCUCGAGGAGCAGAAUUUGGAUCCUUGAAGACUGUUGGAGACAAGUUUUUUUUUUGCAAAACCAUUUUUAUAGUUGCUUUAUAUUGGUGUUUAUAUAAAAAAUAAAAGUGAACAUUUACUAAACAAAGUCUAACAUAUUUAUAAUUCAUUCUGUACAGUGCUAAGUUGGGGUGAAGAAAAAACAGUGGGUGUGGCAUUAGGCAAAACAUCAAUUGUAAACAGGGAGUUUGAAGGGUGAAAGAAAGAAGAAAAAAAAAGAAAAAGUAAGAACAUGAAGAUUUUUAGA